AAGUUCUACCUGUAGUUGGCUUUAUUUUCAAAUCAAAUGUUUGGUUACUCUCUUGUUUAAAAAAAAAAAAAAAAAAGAAGUCAUGCAACCAGGACAAUACUCUUCCCAGAGCCCCUGACGGCCAGGACAGAGUUGAGACUACAUCAUUGAGACCCUGAGCCCUGGAGUUGUACUGUUCAAGGAGAAUUCAAGAAAUGGCCUCUUCAUCACUUCUUGCCUUCUUAUUCCUGACUCCAGCCCUAGUGGCCACUCUGAGACCCGGCAGUCAGUGUCCAGUUUGUGGGGGGCCUGCUGUGGACCUGGAGAGCCACCGGGAGCUGCUUCUUGAUCUGGCCAAGAGAAACAUCCUAGACAAGCUGCACCUCAGCCAGCGCCCAACACUGAGUCGGCCAGUGCCCCGAGCGGCCCUGAGGACGGCACUGCAGCGCCUCUGUGGGCCUCCUCAGUGGGCACUCCCGGAGGAGUACAGGAGCCAAGAAUAUGACAUCAUCAGCUUUGCUGAGACAGGCUUCUCCAGCAUCAACCAGACUCGUCUCAAUUUCCACUUUUCCUCUGAUGAGACUGCUGGUGGCAUGGAGAUCCGCCAGGCGAGCUUCAUGUUCUUUGUGCAGCUCCCUCCCAACAGCACCUGGAGUAUAAAUGUCAGGGUCUUUGCACUAAGCCCACACGACACCAACCUCACCAUAGCUAGUCAGCACCUGCUGGAGGUGGGUGUGAGCGGCUGGCACCAGCUCACACUAGGGCCUGAAGCUCAGGCUGCCUGUAGCCAGGGGCACCUUACCCUGGAGCUGGUGCCCGAAGGCCAGGUAGCCCAGAGCUCAGUCAUCAUGAGUGAUACUGCCCAUAGGCCUUUCGUGGCAGCUCGAGUAAGACCUGGGAGCAAGCACCGGGUUCGCCGACGAGGCAUUGACUGCCAGGGAGGGUCCAGGAUGUGCUGUCGACAAGAGUUCUUCGUAGACUUCCGUGAGAUUGGCUGGCAAGACUGGAUCAUCCAACCUGAAGGCUAUGCCAUGAACUUCUGCACAGGGCAGUGCCCGCUGCAUGUGGCAGGCAUACCUGGCAUUGCUGCAUCCUUCCACACUGCAGUAUUCAAUCUUCUCAAAGCCAACACAGCCGCUGGAGCAGGGGGCUCAUGCUGUGUGCCCACAGUCCAACGGCCCCUGUCUCUACUCUACUAUGAUAGGAACAGCAAUAUUGUCAAGACUGACAUACCUGACAUGGUGGUAGAAGCCUGUGGGUGCAGUUAGUCUGUGUCUGAUAGUAGCACCCCCAGGUAGGAUGGGCAAAUAUGAUGUCACAGAGGUGCCCUUUCUCAAGAGGGAAGGACCCCAUUCAUGCCUCUGUCCAUAAUGUGGACUGUCUCUCCCUGAGCAACCUCCAAGGUCGGGAGCCCUACAGUAAGAACAGUCAUGGUACUGUUUUCACGGCCACCAAUCUCUGUCCCAGGGCUUAGUUUAUCCAUCAGCUCCUUCAUGCACAAACCCACUUCAGGGACUGAUUCCCUUAACCAUGGGCAAUGCCAUCUGGGUCCCAAGCCAUGGCACACUUAACUCAUCCAAAAUCAGCCCCACCACCCACCAAGUCUCCCUCCCCUUUCCACCUGAUGGCCCCCACACCAGGACGAGUUCAUUCGACUCCCUCCCCUGACCUUUCUGGCCAGCCAGAGUCCUUCCUUGGACUCACCAGACAUUAAAUCACUAUUCCAAAGGUGA